UGGAUUGCGCAUGCCUAGCCAGACGUGGCAGCAGCAGCAGCAGCCGCCGCCAGAGCCAGCAGCUCCUCGUUCUGCCAGCGCGAGCGGCAGUCGGUGAUGGGUCUGGCGGGGCGCAGCUUUGGGAGGACGAAGUGCUUCGCAGGGAGGAUGUUGCUGCUGGCCCUCUUGACCAUCUUUCCAGCCUGCCUAUUAUCAGCAAAGAUGUCCCCAUUGAUAGAGAAAAUUAGUGAUCAGAAGGACUUCAAGAAGCUCCUGAGAACACGGAACAAUGUGUUGGUGCUAUAUUCCAAAUCUUCGGCUGCUGCUGACACUUCACUCAGGUUAUUAUCUGAUGUAGCCCAAGCGGUGAAAGGCCGAGGUACUAUAUCAUGGAUAGAUUGCAGUGAUUCAGAGAGCAGAAAACUAUGCAAGAAGAUGAAAGUUGACCCUAGUUUGAAGGAGAAAGGGGUAGAGUUAUUGCAUUACAAGGAUGGCGCAUUUCACACUGAAUAUAACAGAGCACUCACACUGAAGUCAAUGGUGGCCUUUCUAAAGGAUCCAGAAGGAGCUCCAUUGUGGGAGGAAGAUCCUGAAGCCAAAGACAUUGUCCACAUUGACAGUGAAAAGGAACUGAAAAGACUUUUGAAGAAGGAAGAUAGGCCUCUGCUGCUGAUGUUCUAUGCCCCCUGGUGUGGUGUUUGCAAAAGAAUGAUGCCAUCUUUCCAGCAAGCAUCCACAGAAGUUAAAGGCAUGUAUGUACUUGCAGGGAUGAAUGUCUACUCAGCUGAAUUUGAAAAAAUAAAAGAAGAAUACAAUGUCAGGGGAUACCCAACCAUUUGCUACUUUGAAAAGGGAAAAUUCCUGUUCAACUUUGAGAACUAUGGUGCUACAGCAAAGGACAUCAUUGAAUGGCUGAAAGAUCCUCAGCCACCUAAGCCACAGGCCCCAGAGACUCCCUGGUCAGAAGAAGAUAAUGCUGUUUAUCACCUAACAGAUGAUGACUUUGACAAGUUCACCAAGGAGCAUCCUUCUGUUUUAGUGAUGUUCUACGCACCAUGUGAGUCUGCAUUUUUUUUGUUUGUUUAUUGUUCACCAAUAUAUUGAGAGAUGAUCUGGUUC